CUUCCUGUACGCGGAUGAUGAUGAUGAUGAUGAUCGGGUUAUGUUAAUUACAUAAGCAAAACGUAAAAGCUUCGCGGGAAAAGGUGAAAAAAUGGCGACGUGCACUGACUGCAUUUCUGCGCCGCUUGUGCUGUAAAAACACCAGAAACUCCCUUAAACAUCGCGAAUGGGACAUCGGGCUGCCAGAGGAGGACUAUCUGCACUUUUUGGCGCGUUUUACCCGCGGGACUGGAGAGAAAUCAAAGCGGAAGUGUAGGUGUUUCUACAGUCAGCAUGUUGGAAUCGGCCUGUCGGGACGGAUAUCUGACUGUCGGGUCGGAACCUCUAGAACCCAAGCACCUGCUUCCCAAGAAAGAGAAACCCUGCAGUGACCAAGAGACCAACUUGACCGUGGGCCAGUACGUCCUGUGCCGCUGGUCUGACGGCCUUUACUACCUGGGCAAAAUCCAGAGAGUGAGCACCUCAAAACAGAGUUGCUUUGUGACGUUUGAAGACAACUCCAAGUUCUGGGUGCUUUGGAAAGACAUACAGCAUGCUGGUGUCCCUGGGGAAGAACCAAAAUGCUCAGUGUGUUCUGACAUGUCUCUAGUUCCUGGUAAUGAAAUCCUUAUCUGCGGGAAGUGUGGAAUAGGCUAUCACCAGCUCUGCCACUUGCCCCCAGUGGAGAGCUCAGCUGACCUGCCCCCAUGGUUCUGCAGGAAGUGCAUUUUUGCCUUAGCUGUGAGAAAAGGGGGAGCUCUGAAAAAAGGGCCAAUCUCCAAAGCGCUACAGGCCAUGAAGCAGGUGCUGACUUAUAAUCCAGAGGAUCUGGAGUGGGACUCUUUGCAUCGUACGAACCAUCAGCAGUGCUACUGUUACUGCGGAGGACCCGGAGAGUGGUACCUGAAAAUGCUGCAAUGUUUUCGCUGCGAGCAGUGGUUUCAUGAGGCGUGUACGCAGUGCCUUCAGGAGUCCAUGAUGUUUGGAGAUAGGUUUUACUUGUUCAUUUGUGCGGUGUGCAAUAAAGGAGUGGAAUACAUCAAGCGGCUGGCUCUCAGAUGGGUGGAUGUGGUCCAUCUUGCCCUGUACAACCUAGGAGUCCAAAGUAAGAAGAAAUACUUUGAACUGGAAGAGAUCCUUACCUUCAUCAGCAACAACUGGGAUCAUUUCCAGAUGGGCAAGCUCUCCAAUACCCCUCUGUCUGAACGAGGCCAGUUUAUUCUUGAUGCCCUCAACAACUAUAAAAGCAAGUUUCUCUGUGGGAAGGAGAUCAAGAAGAGGAAAUGCAUUUUCCGACUAAGGACAAGGGUCCCUCCUAACCCUCCAUCUAAGUUGUUCCCAGAGAAGGCCCAGAACAGCGAGGGCCACAGGGGCCACAAAAAAGGGGCCAGCAGAAGCAGUAACUCUGUUCCUGCAGAGAAGCGGAGAAAGAAGAGGUCCAAGUGGCUGCUGGAGGAUGCAAUUCCUAAUAAUGACCUCACCUCUGCCUGGGGCACCAAUCAUCACAUGGCCAACAUCUUCGACUUCACGCUGGACGAGCUGCAGAGUUUAAAGAGCACCAGUUCAGGACAAACAUUCAGUUUGGACCAGGACUCCACCGACGCAGCCAGUACUUCUGGUUCAGCCACCACCAGCGUCUCCUAUGACUUCAGGAAAAAUGUGGGCAGUCGGAAGAGGAAGUUGCCCUCCUCUAAUUACACUGUGCUGGCCACAAAAAGAGAGAUGGUGGAACGUGAGCUCAGCCCCAUCAGCAUGCCUGGAGAAGAGAGUAACGUCAUGAUGGAGAACAGCAUCGACAGCCACACCUUUGAGAGCAUCAGCGAGGACGAUUCUUCGCUGUCUCACCUCAAGUCUUCCAUCACCAGCUAUUUCGGGGCGGCCGGCAGGCUCACCUGCGGGGAGAAGUAUCAGGUUCUGGCUCGUAGGAUCACACCUGAAGGAAAGGUGCAGUAUUUAGUGGAGUGGGAAGGAACCACACCUUACUGAACAUCACAGAACAGCAGAUGGAUAACUCCCCAUAGUCUUUCCCUACAUCGCUUUUCUGAAAGCCAUAGUUUCAGAGCUCUAGUUUUGUUUUUGUUGUUUCCCCACAAACCACAUAAGUGUUUUUUUUCUGAUAUUCUGGUCUUAUAUCAAGUCUUUGUUUUUCUUGAAGUCAUUUACAGUGUCUUUUUAGGGCACUUUAAACAUCACAAACAUGAAUCAGUCUGGUAACGCAUACUCACUUUACACAGUAUAACAGCCGGUAUUACAGUAGGUAGCAGAUAAAGGACAGUAUUACGUAACAUGAAGUCAUUCCAGUUUAGUUUUUCAGAUUCAAACCGUUUAAGAGCAUUCGCCCCUGUGAGUUUCAGUUAAGUUUUGAGUUUAAUAAAACAUGGAGCGCUCAUCUCCAAGAGUAUUUCUGCAGAAGGAAUAUAUAGCGACAUUUAUUUGUUCACCUAAGAUUAACAGUGGUACUUUUUAGCUGUUAAAAUAUUAGUCAGCACUUUCGUUCUUUCCUUUUCAACCAUAAUAUUUGAAUUUGUUCUUGGUGAUUAUAUAACCAAAGUGAAGCAAAUAUUGCUUUGAGAAGUAUUUUUUUUUUUUCUAUUUUAUAUACUUUUGUAUGCUCUGGCAUGUCAGAUUGGAUAUACAAGACCUGCUUUAAAAAAGCAGAAGGAAACCGAUCGUCUGCAUUUCAUUUCAAUAGAAUCUAGGCUCUUUACCCACAUGUGACCGUCAAAUCAAUGUUUUCUACAAGCUAUCCAAAGAUUGUUGUUAUAUUUGAGCUGGAUCUGUAAGGGGAUUCGUCCACUUAUCAGAUUAUUGGAUUGACUGGAAAAUUGAAAGUAAUGUGAAGUUUUAAAGCUGUCAGGUUCUAUCAUUUGACUUCAUUAGUUUUAUAGUACACAACAUUACGGUAUUAAAAAUACUUUAUUAUUUACAUGUAUAUAAUUGGAUAUAAGAUUAGCCCCAUUUUAUUAUUGCACUAUUAACAUGUUUUAUCAGCUAUGCAAGCUAUUAUUGGAUAAAUGUACCUAUAUUUUCUAAUUGAUUUUAAAGGAAAAAAUGUAUAAAAAUAUAUUUCAAGUAUUUACUUUUUACUUUUAUAAUAUUACCCCCAAUGGAAAAGCAUUUGUGAAAUUGAACACAGAUUGAACAAAACAAUUUUUUUUUUUUUUUAUUAAGUUUUUGUCAACUUGAUCACAUUUAAAGAGGAGUUUUAUAUUUUGGUUACGAGUUUAACAAGGUUCAGAAGAGAGACAAAAUGUAUUUGUAUAAGAUUAAAAUAAAAUAGUUUUGAAUGCUUUUAUGACUAUUUCUAUACAUCACACUCAACGUUGUACAUGGUUAACAUGUACGUUUUUUUUGGAACAGUGUUCAAACAUGUUAAAUGUGUAAACUUGCAUGUGUCAUUAUUCAUUCAUUCCUGUUUCAGACCAUUAAAACAGUUUGUCAGCAAUAA